AUGGUUCAACCUGUUCAACCUGCUAUCGAAAUUGUCGUCACUGACAUCGGUGAUCACACAAUCGAUGAUGUGUCCACGCAGGAUGGAAAAGACUGGUUAGAGGCAUUUAGAGCAGGAGCUGAAACGAUUCCCGGCGUUGUGCGAGCUUGCUGGGGCCGAAGCUACAGAGACUCUAACAUUGCCAUGCAUUUCAUCGACGAUCUUGGUGGAGCUGUUCCUGAGUCGCUGUGGCAUAUCAUGGACAGAGAGAAGACUGAUCUCUACGUCAUUAUCCCAAACACCCCCGACCGAAGCAUCCUCUAUGCACCACAAACCAAUGUAGUCUUCUUCUGGGGUAUCGAUGAAGACGCAUUCAGAGCGAAGCAGGAUGAAUUCUUCACUGCCAUUGAGAAAUCAGAUUCCUGCUUUGGCUAUAUCUGGGGCGAGAUCCAGCCACCCGUGCUUUCUGACAAGAGGGGUUAUGCUGCAUUAGGCAAAGGAGGAGUGAUGAUCAGCGGAUGGAAGAGUCGUGAAGAACACGAUCGAGAUGUUGCAAAGCCUAGAGUUGUGGAAGCAUACAAAGCUGUUUCAGCGACUGUCAAGAGGACCGAUAUUUGGGGAAUGCAGGUUUCUAUCGUGGAAGAGAACGGGCACUUCCACAGGUGGCAGCGUUUGACUAACACAGAUGUUACGCAAUGGGACCACUCCAAAUGGCCAAUCGCUUGA